GCAAUGAUGAAAUGACAUCACGCAACGCAAGUAAAUUCGAUUGUUAUAUUGGAAAAUAUAGGUUUUUAUUAAUAUUUAUUCUUUAAUCCUACAAAAUGGAGUUAAAUGAUGUGAUAGUCAACCAGCCGGUCGUAAUUGAUAAUGGCUCCGGUGUGAUCAAAGCAGGAUUUGCAGGGGAUCAGAUACCAAAAUGCAGGUUUCCUAAUUACAUCGGGCGACCGAAGCACGUGCGCGUGAUGGCCGGAGCCCUAGAGGGCGAGUUGUUCGUGGGCCCUCGCGCAGAGGAGCACCGCGGCCUGCUGAGCAUCAAGUACCCCAUUGAGCAUGGGAUAGUGACAGACUGGAACGAUAUGGAGAGAGUGUGGAACUAUAUAUAUAGCAAAGAGCAACUGUCGACGUUCUCUGAGGAGCACCCGGUGCUGCUGACGGAGGCGCCGCUCAACCCGCGCAGGAACAGGGAGAAGGCGGCCGAGGUGUUCUUCGAGACUUUCAACGUUCCAGCACUUUUUCUGUCCAUGCAAGCCGUUCUAAGUUUAUACGCCACUGGAAGGACCACAGGCGUGGUGUUGGACUCAGGUGACGGGGUCACGCACGCGGUGCCCAUUUACGAGGGGUUCGCGAUGCCGCACAGCAUCAUGAGGGUCGACGUGGCCGGACGGGACGUCACCAGAUACUUGCGGUUACUACUCCGAAAAGAAGGCGUGAAUCUCCGCACGUCGGCCGAGCUUGAAAUCGUGAAGGCGAUCAAGGAACGCGCCUGCUAUCUCUCGCCCAACCCCCUCAAAGAAGAAACGCUGGACACCGAAAGAGCACAGUACACGUUACCGGACGGGACACAACUUGAGAUCGGCCCGGCGAGAUUCCGCGCGCCGGAAGUGCUUUUCCGGCCCGACCUCAUCGGAGAAGAAUGUGAAGGUCUCCACGAGGUGCUCAUGUUCAGCAUCCAGAAAUCAGACAUGGACCUCCGCAAGGUGCUCUAUCAGAACAUAGUUUUGAGCGGGGGCAGCACCCUCUUCAGGGGCUUCGGGGACAGAUUGCUGGCCGAGAUCAGGAGGCUGGCGCCGAAAGACAUGAAGAUUAGGAUCUCUGCGCCACAAGAGCGCCUCUACUCAACAUGGAUCGGGGGUUCGAUUCUCGCGUCGCUCGACACCUUCCGCAAGAUGUGGGUCUCCAAGCGGGAGUACGACGAGGAAGGCGCGAGGGCCGUCCACCGCAAGACUUUCUAGAUCUCACUUCGAUUCAGCGCGUUUCAUAUUUCUCAAUUUACCUGGUGCGUUUCAUCGUAUAGCUAUUUGUUUCGGUGCGUUUCGUAUAGUAGUUGUUUGUUUCAGUGCAAUUCACAUAAUAGUUGUUUGUUUCAGUGCGUUUCAUCUGAUAUUUUCUAGUGAUCCUUGUAGAUACUCAAUACGUAUCUUAUAAGCAGACUCCACACUAUCGGGAAACAGUUUGAAAUGUGGCCAUUUCGACUUCUAUUGCUGGUGUUUUCUAGCAGUAAAAAAAAGCUCACAUAUAAACAACGCAAUACAGAGUUCGCCGAUAAUGUUUAGGAUACUUUCUGUGUGCAAAAAUUGGUUCAAAAUUGUAAUUGGUGCAAAAAGGUGUUCCGCAAUUCAAAAUAAAGUGAUUCUAUUAAUUUAUGGUACCCAGGGUUCACCUAACUAGGGAACCGUCGGAAAUUGUAUAAUAUUGCAUUAUAAUUAAAUAUUUUGCUCAUUAUUUGUUAUGUACAUAAUAAAUUACAUGAUUAAAUGUGGUCGUCCAAAUCACGUGGACCUUACAGCGCCCGGCGCUUACGCAAUUAUUGCUGAACAACGGCAAUAAAGACCUAAGUGCCAGCCGCUCAGCUAAGCUCCCUUUUGAUUUGAACGACCACAAAUAAUGAUUCUCAUAGUUACAAACAGCGUUACGGAACGACCACUGCUGAAUUUGUUCAUUUUCAUUUUAUUUUAUUCGGAGAAUAUUCAGUCUUAAAUAACAAGAACAAGAAACUAAAAUAAAUUGACCAAUUACAAAUUCUCAGAAGAGAAAUAUAGAAAGAAAUAAUUGCGUUGUAAAAUAAAUAUUCGAUGAAACGCACCUGAGUUUUACUGGGAUAUCGAUUAGUUUGAGAUUAAAUAAAAACUAUUGUUGUAUCGAUUAUUCAAAAUAUUAUCAAUAUUAUGUUCCGACGGUUUUGGAGCUAAUUUUUAUCGCAUCUAUUAUUUAGUUUAGUUUACUAUUAUUAUAAAGAGGUAAGCGUUUGUGAGUUUGUAUGUUUGAGACGGGUAAUCUCCGAAACUUCCGAACCGAUUUCAAACAUUCUUUCAUCAUUAGAAAGGUACAUUAUCCAAGAUUGCUAUAGGCUAUAUUUUAUCUCAAAAUUCCCACGGGAGCGAAGCCCCGGGCAACAUCUAGUACAUAAUAAUUUAACGGAUAAACCGAACUAGAGCUUGUAAUAAAACCAGAGGGGCUACCAUGAAACAUAAAACACGUAGCACGUUAUUGCGUUCACGCGAUCUUUCUGUUUUUCACACGAUGCGUACACGAUAUAUGAAAAAAAGACAACAUGUGGACGUUAGUAACGCGCUACGUACGUGUUUCGUGUUUCGCCCUUCUGUUAUAUUUAUAAUAAUUUAUUUUGUGGCGCCACUGUCGCGAGUGCAACCGUUAUUAUGAAAGUUGUAUAUUUAGCGCGUAAUUCCCAAAAAAUUACAUCACAUUUUAAGCUAAAGUGUGUUUUGUCUCUAUCGCACUUUGUAAUAUUUGUCAUUGACUGAAAGAGACGAAACAUACUACAGCUUAAAGUGUGCUCUAAUUUUUUUUAUUAAUAAUAAGUAUGUAUAUCAAAAUAGAUAUUGAUAUGAACAAAUGUGUUAUUGUGUUUCACGAGUGUUGAAUAAGGGCUAAAUGGUGAAAUACUUCACAUUUAUCUAGCAGUUUAUCCGUUAGAUUACAAAAUUAUAAUCAGAAAAUUGUGAAACGUGAUCUUAAAACAUAAUUUUAAGAACACAAUGGUAAUCAUAAUGAAUUUAUUGUUAUAUUAAGUCUUAAAAUGUUAUGCUGCACAUAAAAAUUACAUACUAGAAUUAUCUCCAUGAAAGUCUCGCAGAUGGCGCUACAGUUUACUACAGUCAUAUUAGUUUCGUGGUGCGGACUCUAGUCCGAUGCAUUUUGUCAAAUUAAUACGCAUUUCUAUAAUAAUAUCUUAGAGGAAGUGUUUAUGCUUAAUUGCUUCUAGAAUUAUAAUGAAAAAGGAGUUAAGUAUUAAUUUUGAUGUAAGAUUUUUCAAGUAAAAAUGAUUCAUUUUUUUUGCUUCGUGGUCUUUACACACUGGUAUUUUUGCAAAUGAAUAAACUUUGUCUUUGUCUGCAACUGUCAACUGUCUAUCUAUAUGAUAUCUAACUAUAGCACUCAAGCACAUAACAUUCUUAUUAUCAAAAAAACUAAAUACAAUUAGAUUAUGCACAUAUAAGAUAGACAAUUUGUGAUCCCUACUAAUAUUAUAAAUGCGAAAGUGAGUUUGUUUGUUUAUUACCUCUUUACGCGUGAUCUACUCAAACAAUCUUCUUGAAAUUUUUCAUAUAUAUAAUUAAGAGUAUGGAGAAGGACAUAGGGACAUACCUGUAAACGAUAGAUGGCGCUGUGUGUGUUUUCAAUACGCUAUGAAUAUUCAAACUAUCCCAAUCCCAUUUUAAUACGAAGAAUAAAAUGUUCCCGGGGGCAUUUGAGCGGGCGAAGCCGCGGUUAAACAGCUAGCAACUAAUGAUAUGACAAAGGAAUGUCUCAGCUUCAGUUAUCCCCAAUUUGGAGAUGAUUUUAUGCGAGAAUUAAUAUGAAGCGGUGGUGGUGUAGUGGUUAAGACACCCGCCUGUGGAUCGAAAGGUCGCAGGUUCGUAUCCUACUCGUGCCACAUGAGUUUGUAUACCAAUCUGACUCAUGUAUAGUAGUUUUCAUCGACCACCACUUGCUUCCGGUGAAGGAAAACAUCGUGAGGAAACCUGCACACCGGUUGAUUAUUAACUUGUGUUUGAAAUGGAGAAGGCAAUGGCAAACCACUCCAUUACUAAUGCCAAAAAAGUUGUUAUGUGUGUUUAAUUCCAUGUAAUGACCACGACCCUCAGCCAUGAGGAUGACUAUGAAGUUUAUCUAAUAUUAUUGGUAAACGUUCUCUUGCAAACACGGUAUAAAGGUAGCAAGAAUUUUCGUGCUUUGUGUACUGGCGGACUACCAUGAAACAUAAAACACGUAGCACGUUAUUGCGUCCUACAUGUAUGUUUCGUGGUAGGUCUUCUGAAUGCCUGAGUAUGUUUUAGAGUGAUCAUUGUGUACAGUCAACAGCACAUCAAGUUACUCUGCAUGAGCCUCUAUGGCGCGGUAGUAGCGGCGAGUUUGCAAUGAAUUUGGGUAGGUUGUUGUGCUGUUGACUGUAUAUUAUUUAAUUUAGUUUACGCGGCACGGUGCAAUGAAAGAACUUCGACAGAUGGCGCUGGGGUGUCCACAGUUCACUUAAUCAUCGAAAGCACGUUUCGGCGAAUUUUUUUUUAUAUAAGUUUCUUGAAGUUUAUUAACAUAUUCUUACCUAACCCAAUUAUGAAAAGCAGAACUGAAUUUAACGAUUAUUUUAAUUCAAACUCAUCUAGAUAUUGAGAAACCAAAAAAUUUUUUCGGCGAAACGUGCUUUCGAUUAAGAGUGAUUCUGUGAACUGUGGACAUCCCGAUGUCGCUACAGUCAGUUACAACAACGUGAUAUGUAAUAGCCAUGCCCCAUUGCUCAGUCGUUCUGCGUCGCGGCGUCGCAAUACGUAGCUCAGUUGGGUUCUAUUGGUGUUGACGUGCGUCGUAUCUUCAUAUAAUUUCUACGUAGAAAAUUAACAAUAUUUUCAAAUGACACAGCACCUUAAUGUAUAUUGUAUAAUUUACAGUCUGUCCGUCUUUAAUUUUUAAAUUAUUAUCAAAUAAUUAAAAUAGGUAUUAUUUAUCAAAAAGUGUAAAAAAAAAAAUCUCCAUACAUUUUACUAUUUUCGAAUAAAACUUAUCCUAAAUUCAAAUCAUUCAGAAAUUAAACCUUCACAGGCACUUUUUCACGUCAAUUUUUAUAUUAGAUAGUUAUGUCUCACAAGCUACAAACUACUGGCAUUUCGGAACGACCGCUGCUGAGAAGAAAUGCCGACGUUUUUUCUACGUUGUUCUAACAGAGGUUACCGAGCGUGUUACGGCUCCAUUGACUCCCGUAGGUUUGGACACUGACGUGCGGUGACAUACAUAGAAACUCUAUACUUUUUACUUUUUUCUGUUUUGUCGACGGACGUACAAACAUGGAGCGAGAGUGACCGAGCAAUUACUGGCAUUAUAUGUUGCAAGUUCAUUCGUUGCGCGGACUUUUAACACCUAUUUUACUGUUUAAAGACAAUUUUUUUAUUUCUAAUAAAUUAUUUUUUUUUCGAA